AUGGAAAUAAAUAAAAAUUCAAAUCAAACCGAGGAAGAAGGGAGACGGCGCGAUGCGCGAAGUGUUGUAGAGGAGGAGAGAGUGGAGAGGAGAGAGGAGAGGAGAGAGGAGAGGAGAGAUGAGGGAGAGGAAAUCAACGUACUGUCCUCGUCCUCUGAAAUGUCCCUCUCGGAAGUAGAUAGCGAGGAAGUGGCGGCUACGCGAGUACUGCGCAGCCAUAGCAAGAGAUCGCCAGCUGCGAGGGUUGCCCUCCGAUUCCCAUCGGAGCUGAGGAAGAGGAGGGCAGCGAAAGAGGGGGGAACGGUGGACCCUGCGGUGGCCACCAAAGUGUCCUCAGCGGCGAGGGGCCGAUCCAAACGCCCAGGGGCAUACCAGUUUCUGGAUGCUGCGAAGGCGUAUCUGGCGGCCGGGAAGGGAAGCGAAGCAGAGGGCUCCGACCCCCCGUACCGGUCCCACAGACGGCUGCCGCUAGCAGCGGACGAGGCAGAUGCCGAGCCUAGCGCCGCCCCUGAACGGGCUGCCACAGUAGAGGCCCUAGCGGCGAAGGCCCUCCUGAACGUUACUAUGAUUCAGGGGGAGCUAAAGAAGGGUGGCAACAUCAGGGGGACGGUGCUAGGUCAGCUGAACAAGGCCACGCAGGGGGUGAUUGAGGCGGUCGAGGGCCUGCGUGCAAUCACCCCGGAGGAGGAGCAGCGCCGGCUCCGCGCGGAGAAUGCCAGACUGGCUCGCGAGCUGGAGCUGAUCCGCGCGGAGCUCAAGGCAUUCAAGGAUGCCUACGCUGAGUCGCAGAGGAGGCCGGCGACCAGCGCGAAGGAGGCCCAACCGGAGCUGAACCUGAGGGGCGCUAUGGAGGAGGUAAAGCGCGAGCUCCUGGAGUCGCUAGGCGGGAUGCUGAAUGCCCGCCUAGAAGGCUUGGAGACCCGCCUCCCUCCAGAGCCGGUGACCAGACCGCCCCUCCGGACGGACAAGAGGCAGCCUCCGCCGCCCCGCCCCAAAGGCCAGGCUGGCGCUGUGAGGGGGGCGGCGAGACCGGCCCAGGGCCCUAAAGCUCAGAGGAGCAGGGCGAGGCCGGUCGUAGCUCCUCCUCCUCCCCUGGUCCAGGGUGCGGAAGGCCCACCCGGAGUAGCUGCUACUGCGGAAGCCGGCACUUCUUCUGGCGGUGUGGACCUAUGGUCGAAGGUGGUCGGCCGAAAAAAGAAGAAGAAGGCACAAAAGAGCAAGGCUCCGGUAGGGGCCCCAGCAACACCGGCCCAACCUGGGAAGGCGCAGCGGGUCCCCCCUUCCAAGGCCAUCAGGAUUGUGGCCCCCAAAACAGCGGCUAUCACAGUGACGCUAAAAAAGGGGGCCACGAUCGCAUCAGCGGAGGGCCAAGUCUCUGAGGCCACUUACGCAGAGGUCCUGACCAAGGCCAGGACCUCCAUACGCCUCAGAGACUUUGGCCUGGAGACGGUCAAAGUGCGCACCACCAUGACCGGCUCCAAGCUGAUGGAGGUAGGGGGGACCGCCCCCGAGGAGGCUGCUAACCGUCUCGCCGCUGAGCUCGCCAAAGUCAUCGGCGCAUGGGCAGACGUCACCCGUCCGUCCAAACUCGUAGACCUGAAGGUCUCGGGUUUGGACGAGACG